AUGGCCACGCUCGACAUUCAUGAACCUAUCACUCGAGCAUCUCUAGCAUCUCAUGCGACGGCAAGACCUCUCCAGCAAAGUAUGCCGGAAGACAUAGAGCUCGGUCGGGAUCCCUACAAGCCCGUGACCCCAGCCAGGACAGGCUACAGCUUGUGGGCGUCGCGCCUCGCCUCCGACAGAGACAACGAGCCCUUGAUCUUUCGCAAAUUCGACUCUCUCGGGGCGCUGAACCUGCUGUAUCUGCAGUGCGAGUUACUAGACCUGGAAGACCAACUGGACUUUCUGGACUUUCUGGACGAGAGGCAGCCUGACAUCGAGUCAGUUCGUGCGCUUAGAGAUUGGGACGUUUUGCAGGCACAAGGUGGCUCACAACUUACACGCUCGCCGCCCGGUUCGACACAUACAGCGAGUCCACAAUCUGCCGCUGUUAUAAGGUCUAAGCAAAGACUAGAGCUCAUCGCGUCACUGAGGACGAAAAUGAAGGAAUACCAGGAAGCACUCCUCCUGCAAAGCCAGAUCGCGAGGCUACCAGCACCGAGUAACCGCGUGCUACAGGCCACGAAGCAGAUGUUCUUGCAGGACGGAUGGCCAGCCAUUCAGGGGAAAGCGCGGGACUAUCUACAGGCGGGCGACCUAGUCGCGCUCAAGGGCUCGACGCAAGAGCCGAUAUCGAACUUCCUGCGCAAACAAAGUGCCCGGGAGGAAAAGGGAAGCCACACCGGUGUCGGCCGGUUCGAGGAAUAUCGGAUCGAGCUCUGGGUCACUCUGAUCACCGUGCUGGUCGCGAUCGUGUUCCUCGUCGGCCCAGUCCUCGCCCUGUACUUUACUCAGAGCAGGCCCGCGAAACUAGCGCUCGUGGCAGUGUUUACGGCCAGCUUCUCCGGAAGUGUUUGGCUCGUCACAGGCGCGAGGAGGGCAGAGGUCUUUCUUGGGACAGCAACGUAUGCCGCGGUGUUAGUGGUUUUCAUCAGUAACAGCGAUGGCCUGGCAGACGGAACCGGCUGA